AUGGCAUCACAUUUGUUCUUUGUCUUAGCAUUUUGGUCGCUUUUUGUGAUUCCCAUUAUAAUCAAUGGCUACUCACCGAAAGAAAUAAUACAAAUGUGUAGCAAAACACCCAACCCUAAGCCUUGUGAGUACCUCUUUACAAAUAACCCUAACUAUGGUCCGAUCGAUAAUGACCAAGAUUUUCUCAAAGCGUCGCUAAAGCUAGCUCUAGAUAAGGCCAUGCAAGCCGACGAGAGCGCGAAGAGCCUAGGCCCGAAGUGUCGCGAUAGGCUCGAGACGGCUGCAUGGGACGAUUGUGUGAAGCUCUACGACCAAACAAUCAAAAGAAUCAACGAAACCGUCGAUCCUUUUAAUAAGUGUAGCCAGAUCGAAACUCAAACGUGGCUGAGUUCUGCUCUGACAAACCUCGAGACGUGUCGAAUCGGAUUCAUCGAGCUCGGAGUUGGCGAAAAUGUGUUGCCUUUGAUGAACAACAAUGUGUCGCAUUUGAUAUCGAAUAGUCUCGCUAUGAACAAAAGGAACUUUACUUAUAAGCCAACUUACAAGGGGAAAUUCCCUAAUUGGGUUUCUCCCGGGGACCGGAAGCUUCUACAGGCUUCUAAACCGGGUCCGGGGGCGGAUAUCGUGGUGGCUCAGGAUGGUUCGGGUGACUUCAAGACGGUGGCGGCUGCGGUUGCGGCUGCGAAAUCGGGGAGUGGUAGGGUUGUGAUACACGUGAAGGCGGGUACGUAUAGUGAAAAUGUUGUGAUAAGUGCGAGUAAUAUUAUGCUUGUCGGUGAUGGUAUCGGAAAGACUGUGAUCACCGGAAGCAGAAGUGUUAACGGAGGCUACACCACAUAUAAUUCGGCUACUGUCGCUGUGGAAGGCGACAGAUUCAUCGGCCGUGGAAUCACCUUCCGCAACACAGCCGGACCGCAAAAUUACCAGGCGGUGGCGCUCCGUUCGAGCUCCGACCUCUCAGUAUUCUACCAAUGCAGCUUCGAAGGCUACUCAGACACUCUCUACGUGCAUUCCCAGCGACAAUUCUAUCGAAACUGCGACAUUUACGGAACCGUCGAUUUUAUUUUCGGAAAUGGAGCUGCUAUGCUCCAAAAUUGUAACAUCAGACCCCGAAAGCCCCCGAACGGUACCAACACAAUAACCGCUCAAAGCCGAACCGAUCCGAACCAGAACACAGGAAUUGUGAUUCACAGUUCGAGGAUUAGUCCCGCUGCUGAACUCCCUACUGAACUGGCACCCGUUCAAGGGUCCGUGAGGACGUAUCUUGGUAGGCCGUGGAACCGAUUUUCGCGAACAAUUAUUAUGAAAACCGUAAUUGAUGGAUUUAUUAGUCCCGAAGGGUGGAUGCCUUGGAGUGGCGAUUUUGCGUUGGAUACGUUGUUUUAUGCGGAGUAUGCUAAUUCGGGUGCGGGUGCAUCGACUGCGAAUCGGGUGACGUGGAAAGGUUUUCGUGUUCUUGCGAGUGCGAGUCAAGCUUCGGCUUUUACGGUUGGGAGGUUCAUUGAUGGAAAUUCGUGGUUGCCUGGUACUGAUGUGCCAUUCAUCUCCGGUCUGUGAAUAAUGGUUUUCUAUGUAUAAGCUCAAUAUGAUGUUGUGUAAUGAUGGAAUAAUGUGGGUUUGAUACUUCUCCGAAUAUUGUUCAAGUGUUGGAAUUCAAUUUUAAAAAUGUUGUUUAAAUAUUGAUUUCAUUA